AAUAUUUCUUUGCUCUUGUCUUGCGUUCUUUUCGGUAUGCAGUCCGGGAAAAUACUUCGAUUGAAAGAGAUUUGCAAUGAAGGCCGGGCCCUGGUCGGACAGUCGGUUAGGACGCUGGGUAGGAUAUCAACUUAUGACGUCACGUGCAGUAUAGCAACUCUACAAUUUGAUGGAUUCGAGUUAAAGGUGGACACGAGACUUGUCGAGCCCCAGCCAUUCAGACGAAACUCUCUAUUUCAAAUGAUAGGAGAAAUUGAUGAAGACGAUUUGAGAAAAUCGGAUCGAUCCGAGUCGGUCGUUCUUCGAGUUCGUGUGUGUCGGUGUGUGGAUGGCCUCGACGUCAAGCUGUAUUACAAAGCUUUGGAUAUGAGAAGACAAUGUGGUUCAUUGAUACCAGACGAUACACAAAUGGCAAACACAGAGAUAUAGAUUUUUGGAUACAAAUUUUAUCAUAUUAGAAUCAUAAUUAAUUAAUUAAUGUACACAACUGUAAUAGAAAGGAAAUUGUGGGUUGUGUCAUAAAACUAUUGCGAAUAGAAAGUGAUUG